GCACGGUCGGGACUGCCGCUUAAAAUCUGCAGAGAAGAACUGGCCCUUCCAAGUUGCCUCGACUCCCACCAGAAAUUAUACAGCUUGCGUUCACUUCUAGAAGAACGGAAAACCCAACGAUUUGAGCUAAGUCCUUGGCCUUUAGCCGUGAAGCGCUCCUCAAGUUCUUUUCACGUAGAAGCUGCAGUGAAGUUUUGAAAAAUGAAGCAGUUGAAAAGAAAAAGGAAAAGCAAUUUUAGCGUUCAAGAAACUCAGACUCUUUUGAAAGAAAUUACCAAAAGGAAAGAGGUCAUUUUUUCCAAGCAGCUCAACACAACAAUAAACGUGAUGAAGCGCAUGGCUUGGGAGGAGAUUGCGCAGUGCGUGAAUGCGGUCGGGGAAGGAGAACAGAGGACCGGGACGGAGGUGAAGCGCCGGUACCUGGACUGGCGAGCGCUCAUGAAGAGAAAGAGGAUGAAGGCGAACAUUAAGCUGGUCGGGGCAGGAUUUCCCCUUCCCACGUCAGACCUGGAUGACUCCCUCACUGAGGAGAUAGAUGAGAAGAUUGGCUUUCGAAAUGACGCGAAUUUUGACUGGCAGAAUGUGACAGACUUCAGGGACGCGGGUGGAUCCUUAACAGAGGUCAAAGUGGAAGAGGAAGAAAGAGAUCCGCAGAGUCCUGAGUUUGAGAUAGAGGAGGAAGAAGAAAUGUUGUCGUCCGUCAUACCAGAUUCCAGGAGGGAGACCGAGCUCCCCGAUUUCCCCCACAUUGAUGAGUUUUUCACGCUGAACGCCACGCCAUCGCGACCCGCCUACGACGAGCCCCAUUUGCUCGUGAACAUAGAGAAGCAGAAGUUAGAGCUGGAGAAGCGCCGCCUGGAUAUCGAGGCCGAGAGGCUGCAGGUGGAGAAGGAGCGGCUGCAGAUCGAGAAGGAGCGGCUGCGGCACCUGGACGUGGAGCACGAGCGGCUGCAGCUGGAGAAGGAGCGGCUGCAGAUCGAGAGGGAGAAGCUGCGCCUGCAGAUCGUGGGCUCCGAGAAACCGUCCCUGGAGAGCGAACUGGGCCCCGGCGACAAGGCUUUACUGCAGCCGCAGGACAUAGAAGCAGAGAAACUAAAACUUGAACGGGAACGCUUGCAGCUGGAAAAAGAUAGGCUGCAGUUUUUGAAGUUCGAAUCUGAGAAACUACAGAUCGAAAAGGAACGCAUGCAAGUAGAGAAAGAGAGACUUCGAAUUCAGAAAGAGGGACACUUGCAGUGAAUUGUUUUUUGUUUUUUUUUUUUUAGGUCUCUAGUGAAUGUUUAUAUAAACUAGCUUUUUCUCCUAUCAGAUGACGUAAAGGUAGUUGCUGGAUUAGUGGUGUUUUCCUAACGUCGGUGUUCUCAACACAUAAAGGUAGCUAUGUGUGGGUAGCUGUGUGAUUAAGUAGCGUGCUGUAUAACAGCUCUGCCCCGAUACAAGCAGAGGGGCAGAAUUACUGUGCUAGACUCUUCCCAUUAGUAACACUAUAUAGUCUUGUAUCAUCCGUGUACCCAGAGUUCACAGUUAUGUCUGUAUAAAAUCCUAGUCCAGUUUGGGUGAUUCCGGCUGCAGGAAGAUAGCAGACAGUGUCUGCAGAGACGUUUUUGGUUGUC